AUGAAUCAAUUAGGAGCAUUGGCCCAAGUUUCUCGUUUUACGAACAAUUUUUCUGUAGAAGGCAUCAAGAGUCAAUUUCAAUCAUUUCAAAAUAAGCUUUCUACUCUUCGUACCCCACAAGAGUUUUUCAAUGUCAAGAAUAUCUCUAAGCCACAAAACGUUUCUGAACUCCAAACUAGAAUUGGUUUCAAUUUAAAAUACUACUCCAGUAAUUAUGCCUUGAUCAUUGGGUUGUUAAGUCUUUACACAUUAUUGACCAAUUUAUUACUAUUAUUUGUCAUUGCUCUCGUCUUUUUCGGUAUAGUUGGUAUUAAUAAGUUGGAAGGCCAGGAUCUAGUUACACCUUUCGGGACUCUAAAAACCACCCAAUUGUAUACUGCAUUAAUAUGUGUUUCUGUUCCACUAGGUUUCUUAGCUUCACCAAUCUCAACAAUGUUAUGGUUGAUUGGGGCUUCUGCAGUAACUGUUUUCGGACAUGCCUCUUUGAUGGAAAAGCCAAUCGAAAGUGUUUUUGAAGAAGAAACAGUUUAA